AGCACCAUGAAUGCACUACUCAGAACAAUGUCUUUGCCUUACGCUCCAAUGGCUCCCUGGAACGUCCCUUCCUCUCUUUUCCUCCUCACACUUCUUUCACUAAUGUGCUCUGCAUCCCAAAGCUCCAGUCUCUUUAGAGAGUAUAUUGGAGCAGGGUCUAAUUGUGUCAGCUUCUCCGAUGUCCCCAUACAUCCAGGCGUCGAUUUCCACUUCAUUCUCUCCUUUGCAAUAGACUACACCACAUCCAAGCACCCCACUCCCACGAAUGGAGAAUUCAACAUCUUUUGGGAUGAUGACAACCUCACCCCCUCACAUGUUACCUCCAUUAAGCAAAGCCAUGGCAAUGUGAAGGUUGCUCUUAGCCUGGGGGGCGAUAGCUUGGGCGAUGGCAAUGGCGAUGUAUACUUCCAUCCUUCCUCCAUCGAUUCAUGGGUUGCCAAUGCCGUCACCUCGCUGUCGAGAAUCAUAAGCUCAUACAAUUUGGACGGCAUCGAUAUUGACUAUGAGCACUUCAUGGCUGAUCCUGAUACAUUUGCUGAGUGCAUUGGACGGCUGCUGACAAUACUAAAGAACUACGGGUUGAUAUCGUUUGCAUCGAUAGCUCCUUUCGAAGAUGAUGCGGUCCAGAGCCAUUAUUUAGCUCUUUGGAGGAAGUAUGGACAUGUAAUUGACUAUGUCAAUUUCCAGUUCUAUGCAUAUGAUGCGAACACGACCGUGUCUCAGUUUCUGAGAUACUUUGAGAUGCAGAGGUCCAACUACGAUGGAGGGAAGAUAUUGGCGAGUUUGACCACAGAUAAGGGCAGCAGUGGAGGACUGUCGCCAGAACAUGGGUUCUUUAAUGCAUCUAGAUUGCUCAAGUCGGAAGGAAAACUGAAUGGUAUCUUUAUUUGGUCUGCAGAUGACUCCAAGAGCAAUGGCUUUCGCUAUGAGAAGCAAUCACAGGACCUGCUGGCAAGUGCCUGUUCGUAUUAGUCAGCUACUAGAUUUUAUCUCUUUGAAGUGUGGAAUUGGGCUAUGUACCAAAAAAAGUGUGAAAUUCGACUAGAGUCGAUCUAGAUCCAACAUACAUUGGACCUGAUCCACACUAAACCAUUCUUAAAAUUGAGAAUUGAUAUGAGUU